UUCCCCCUUACCCCCACUGGUCGCACCCCACUUGUCUUGUGACGCCUCCCUCAGAGUCCCUCUCAGCUCAGCUUGGUUCAGUCUUCUCUCUCGUUGAACACAAGGACGAUGAAGAGCACAUGGCUGUGUGGUGCGGCGGUGGUGGUGGGGAUGACGCUGGCCCUCUGUUCCCUCACUAGCCCUGCCGACGCCUAUGUCACUGCCUUCCCCGACGAACCCGACAUUGAUGGAAAACUGAUCACGGUGGGCUUCGCCGUGGCUAAAUUCCUGGCAGGGCUGGUGCCUUACCCGACAGUGUCCGCCCUCCUGCUGGCCAUCAUCAACGCCUGGGAACCCAAGCCCGAGGACAACUACUGGGAGCACGUCAAGGAUAACGUGGCAGAGAUGUGUGGGGAGUUCAUUAACGAGCACAACUUCCAUCAGGUGGAGAUCUAUAAGGAGGACCUCAUGUCUCUCCUCAGCAAGUACACGCGGGCGGACGCGGUGAGCGACGGGACGUACCCAGACAAGAACACAGUAGCGGACGCCAUCACCACCUCCAUCAUCACCAACCGGUUCCUGGUGGAGGCCUCCGAGAGGCCCUGGUCCUUGACUGUUGACUUCGUCGAUAUCGCCAGCGUUCACAUCACCAUCCUCAAGGACGCAGCAGAUUCAUACACGCAAGUGGGAGGCGAGAUCUCCCGCUGGUGGGUGGACCUCUCACGUCAACUGAAACACUACAUCGAGUACGGUGUCUACCUCGAGCACGAGACCCUGAAAUGGAGGAACACCCAGAUCGAGUGUUACUUCGACGAGGGUAACUGUGGGGCCCCAGGGUCUGAGAGCAAGACAUGCUAUGACAUAUACAGGAUCACAGACAACGUGAAGGGUUACACAGAGACGUGUAAGCAGAUCCACCCGGCCCACAAGGAGGACGGGGCAUGCGCCAAGUUCUGUGACCUGUACCAGACCAAGGUGGACUUUGAGUCCGUGCGCUGGCUCAACUUAAACUUGGACGCUAUGUUGGACGAGUGGUCCUUCCUCAAGCAGAGGGCUGAUGCUCUCGCCAAGAAAGCCUCCCAGUACUACAACCCCCUGACGAAGGACCUGUAGAGGCGAGGCCACCUGAACACUGUGGGACGCCUACUGACCUCAGGGUUGAUGCUCUCACUGGUUUUACCCAGUAAACAACCCUAAUGGAGAUUAUCUUAACGCAUAUGGAAAUAAAAAAGAACUUUA